AUGUCGAGAUUGGCUGCGGGCGCGGCGCUGGGCGGUUCGCUGUCGUCGAUGGGUAGCCUGCCGGGGGUGCAGGGCUACCCGCUCUUCAAAAUCAAGCGGCUCCUUUCUGUACGAGGAGGCGGGCACCAACCCAGCCUUAGCACGAGCAAUUCGUCUCUUCACUCCUCCACUUCCUCCGUCUCCUCCUCUCCCUCGAUGAGCCUCUCGACUUCGCUGGAGAGCGAUUGGGUGGGCCUUUCGACCUCCCCUCCGGUCACGAUUCGAUUGGUGGCCGCAGCAGGCGUCAAGAACUACUCGCUCAUGGCCCUCGCCUGCUCCAACGAUUUCCUGGUCUUUCGGUAUGUGGACGAAGGCGGAGUGCCCAUCGUGCGGUCCAAUGAAGCGGGUGGUGGCGAUGGACUUCAACCCACGGCCCAGCUGCUGUGCUGCGUGACCGGCGACUCGACCGUGGUGCUUAUCCCCGUCUACUUCCUCAUGCGAAGGCGUGCCGAAGCCAACCCGGCCUCGCUGCAACGAGAGAAAGAGGCCGACAAGCAGUCCGCCGCCAGAAAGAUGAGCGGAGGCGGCAAGAAAGAUGACGGGAAGCCCACAAGCACUUGGUCGCUGAAUUAUUUUCCCUCGCUGAUGAACUAUGCGCAAGGCAACCUGGCCUCGCCCAAGAUGAAGACCGACAAGGCCUACGCGCCACCGACGACGGCGCUCGGCGCCCUGGACGACGUGACCUUGAUCACCUGCUGUACCAAGCUGAAGCCGCCCGGCGUAUCGCAGUGCCUGUGGUGGAAUACGUCCGAAGGCCGAGACUACGGUUUGAUUGCGACUGCUGCCGGCAAGGUCCACUUUGUCGACUUUAUCCAACAGAAGGAGGUUUACACCCUCUCCCUCCCCAACGCUGUGAUCGACAGCCUCGACAUCGUUGUCACCGACUCCUACAAGUAUCUGUUGAUCCAAACGCGUAAGGGCGUAUGCUUAAAGCUGCUCCUCGAGUAUCGCACGCCGGGCGAGGGCCGCUACGAAUCCAUCAUCUCCACGCCGAAGAGCAAGGCCAACGAGCCCCUCAGCACACAGUUCAUCCCCGUUCCGCUCCAGCAGUUCCCCUACCAAGACAACGUCUCACUGGGCGUGCAGAAGACCUGGCAGGGUUGCCUCGUCGGCGCGUAUCACCCGCUCACGCACACGUACGAGGUGUUCGGGCCGGACCUGGGCAAGUUCGCGCUCUUCGUGUACCAAUUGCCUUCGCCGCCCACGCAGAUACUGCUCACCGAGCGCCUCACAUUCGUGGUCAGCAAAGGCACACGGUCGGGCAAUGCGAGCGUUUGCGCAACUCACUUCUGGGAAUCCACAGGGUUCUACAAGCACCACAAGGACAGCGUGAUGCAGGAGUUCAACCUCGGGCCGGGGCAGAACAUUCUGGGCGUGUUUCGGACCAACAACUCGGCCACCCUGCUCAGGCGUUCACCGCAGAAUCCAUCGACAGCGCUCGAGGGGUUCUACAUGUGGACGUCGGACGCCGUCUAUCAAUGCGUGGCUGAGCAAACACCGGAGAACAUAUUUUAUUCGCUGAUCGGCAAGGGCCUGGAGAAGAGCGAAGCUGAAUCCUUUGGCAAGACCAUGGCCCUCGACAUGCUCACGCUGUACGAGACCGCAGCCGACAAAUACUUCGAGCUCGGCAAGUACCAGCGCGCAUUCGAGCUUUAUCAGCUCUCCAACGUGGAGAUGCAGAAGCUAAUUCAAAAGUUCGGCGGCAUCAACCGAAUGGACAUUGUGCUGACGCACCUCCGCGAUCAGCUCGACUCGCCCCAGGCUCUCUCGGCUGGUGACAAGAAGAGCCUCUCCAGCACACUUCUCCAGAGCUAUCUCCAGUGUUUCUUGGAAGCACCACAGCACAGCAAUCAGGCACUGGAAUCGGACUUUCGCUUGUUCCUCCGCGAGAACGAGGAUUACGACCCCAAGACCGCCCUGGAGCUGCUUCACUCUCACGGACUGAUGCAGGACUUCUUCAUAGUGGCCAGAGCGCGACGGAUGGGUGCCUACGCCCUAAGGCUGCUGGCCAGCACCGGCAGCCUUCACAUCGAGCCCAAGCUCAUUCCCUUGGUCAGGGAGGGCGGAAUGUCGGGCGAUUUGAAGGCGUGCGAGGGCGGCAUCCUGGUGCGGUGCCUGCCACCCAAGCUGCAGAUGAAGCUCAUCUUGGACGACGUCAGCAACAUCCCCUUCUACUUUCGGCGGAUCGAACCCAUCCUGCCGCUCCUCGACGAAAACAUGUUGCUGGAAGUGGCCCGCAUUUUCGAUCCUCUCGGCGACGUCGCGCCGAAGAUCUAUUCGGCCGUUGCGAGGUCUGACCAUGACCAGACCUCCUGGGGCAAGUUCACCAUGGCCGGGUCCCUCGAACUGACUGACGCACACAACCCCAAUGCCGAAGUGCUUCCCGAAUGGGCCAAGGGACCGGAAGACUUUAUCGAACUAUUUUUGACGACGCUGUUGAUGCUCAACCACCGAAGGAAGCGCAACGAAGCCCACCUCCCGCCUAAAGUCGAGAAGCGCAAUUUGGGACCGGAGUCUGAACAAGACGACGGCGUCUCUUCGGGUGGGAAGUUGAAUGUCCCGUUCGGAGGGCUGGUGAGCAUGCGGCAAGUGGUCAACGUAUCUUGCGGGUGGAACCACUGCGCAGCUUUGACCGAAAAUGGGCAUGUGUACACCUGGGGGCGGAACGGCUCGGGCGAGCUCGGGCACGGCGACAAGAGCGGCGUGCCGCAGCUGCACCCCAAGCAAGUGAUCUUCUUCAAGUCCAAGUGCGUGAAGGAGGUCGUGUGUGGCGGUGAGCACACGCUUGCCAGGACCGAGAGUGGCAGCGUGUACGGGUGGGGUAAUGGGCGCAUUGGUCAGCUGGGCCUGGGCGACCGCACCCUGCACUGGCUUCCCGUCCCCAUCAAAACGCUGCGCAAGAUGCAUGUCACCCAGCUCGCUGCGGGCUACGCCCACACCAUCGUCGUCCUCAAGUCUGGCGAAGUGAUGGUCUUUGGUGGCGGGGAGGUGGGGCAGCUGGGCACGGGCAUGCGGAAGGAUCUCCUCGUGCCCACCAAGCUGCAGGCCAUGCCCAGCAUCGUCCAGGCCGCGUGCGGCUACUGCCACACGGCCCUGCUCACCGAAGCGGGCGAGGUCUACACCUGCGGCAGCGCCAUGUCCGGCCAGCUCGGCCACGCCGACAAUUUGCAGAACGACCGGCUGGCGCCGAAGAUGGUGGAGGGCUUGAACGGCAAGCGGAUCCGGUUCAUCGCCUGCGGCUCGUUCCACACGAUCGCGAUCACAGAUUUGGACAACGUGUAUACAUGGGGCGGUGUACAGGGAACAGACUCAGAUGGUGCCAUGCGACAGGAGCGGAAAGCAGCCAUCCUCAAACGAGUCACGCCCUCAAUCGUCAAGGGCCUGAUGGGCAAGCGAAUUUCUCUGGUCUCGUGCGGACACGCGCACUCUGUGGCCACCACCAUGGACGGCGAGGUCUACGUGUGGAGCAGCACAGGGUCGCUUCAGCCACCACUCCUGCUCCGAGGCAGCGGACUCAGCACGGCGAGUGGAACGACCGAGGCUCCGUUGCUGGUGUCGGCCAUCCCCGAUGGCCAGGACGCCAAGAGCAAGCCCGUGGUGAAGCACGCGGCGGCGGGCGAGGAGUUCACCCUCGUCGUCACCGAAAACGGCCUUCUCUAUUCCUGGGGCUCCGGCGCCUUCGGCCAGUUGGGCCUUGGGGACCAGGGCGAUCGAGCAGAGAUCGUGCAGGUGGCCAAAUCGGAGGAGAGCCGUCGCAGGAGCGUGAGACUGACCUACGGCCAGAAUGUGCUGGAGAACACGCUGCGCUCGCACUGGGAGCAGUUCAACUCGUCGACCAUUUUGACCAAGUGCGCUCACUACCAGAACUGGGUCGCCGCCGCCGUUGUCUAUGAGAUGCUGAACAGUUGGUCGGAGUCGAUCGACUGCGAGCUGCGGGCAAUUCGCGCCCAGGCCGAGCACCACCGGGCGCACUUCACCUUCGAGGAGGCGCGCGGCCACGAGAUGGACUCCGUGUUCGGUGUCCUCAAGGCCAUCUUCGCCCAGAAGAGCGAAACCAGAAAGUCCAAACUGCUGAUGCAGGUGCUGUGGUAUUGGCACGAGCGCGGGCUGGAGGUGGGGCCGCUGGAGGGCUUCCUGCUGGCGAACCUGGGCGUGGCGGGGAAGGCCCUCGCCUGGAUCAUGCAGGAGGCACACACCGGAGCCGAGCUUCCAUUUGCCGGUCUGCCCUUCCAGCGCACCUUCUACGAGACCAUCACCCGCCUCCGCAUCACUCGCCUCCAAGAACUUCGCGGGUCGACAAGCCAAGCGGGAGCGGGUGACCAGCAGCUCUCGGAGGAGUCGCUGUGGCAACAGAUCACGGCCACCAUCACGACCAACUGGGACAAACGAUCCAAGAUCACAAUUCCCUCGACAUCGCUCCCCGCGCUCCCGGCCGGCCGGAACGUGGACGACCAGGAGCUGCUGGUGUUUUCGUGCGACAAGAACCACAUAUGGACGCGCCAGGUGUUCUUCGAAACGAUCCUCCCCAAGUUCAAGACCCUCAUCGCAUCUCUGCCCGUCGAUCUCUCCAUCACCGCCCAAUUCCUCCUCGCCGAAUACCACCUCAACGCGCACGCGGGAGCUGCCACGUCCAUCAGGCCCUGGGUUGAAUGA